AUGUAUAUUUUACUUGAUUAUAUUAUAGUUCUUAAGAGGUGUGAUAUUUUUGGAUAAGGAGUUAAUUUUAAUUAUAAAAAAGAAGAUACCUAUAAGACAGGAUUUGGUGGAUUUGCAUCUUUAGUAAUAAUCGUUGUUUUGAUUGUCUUUUUUUAAUCAAAUGUUAUCACGUUUUUUGCGAAAACCCACAUUUCUGUUGCCUAAACUACAGAAUUUGAUGAAGACCCUGACUUAAUAGUAUUGAAUGAUGAGAAUUUUAUGAUUGCUUUUCAAAUUGAAUAAGCAAAUUUUACAACAAAUCCUUACUUUAACAUCACAGUGUUACAACAGUAAUGAAUUUAUUUAAAAUAGAAAUUCCACACGAUUAGAUAAUGGAACAGUUAUUAAAAUAACUUAAGAGAUCAAUCUAAUUCCAUGUACACUUGACAGAUUUCAAAAAAUAUUUACUAAAUACAAUGUUGAUUUUAAAACUCAAUUUGACUAAAUUGGACUAAAGAAUUUCCUAUGUCCAGAUUAUAACUAUUCAUUAAAGUUAGCAGGAAGGUAUGCAAGUACUGAAUUCGACUAUAUAAAAAUAUCAGUGACAGAUUGUAAUGAUAAUACUAGUUAAAAUUCUCGAUUAACUUGGAAGCCAAUAUGUUAAUCAAAAGAGGCAAUAUCAAGUUUUUUAAAAAAGAAUUCAGCAUUUAAAGUUUCACUUUAUAUGACAAAUUUAGUUAUGAAUCCUACAAAUCCAUAAGAUUAUGCUACAGCAUUUCUUGAUGACGAAUUAUAUUUUACAUUUGUAUAUGAUAAAGUUUAUUUUAGACCCCAAAAUAACUUUCUAGAUAAGCUAACAUAUUUUGGAGAAAAUAUAACUUUUAAACAGAUGAAAGUUUGACUCCAUUUAAAGUUGUUGUUAAUGAAACUUAUAAUGUUCGAUCAGCUACAGAUUAUAGAGAUUUAACAAUGUUAGGAAAUGCAGUUGAUAGUGUUUAUGCUUAAUUUUAUAUGAGAAGAAGUACAUAUUCGGAAAAUGUUUGGAGAAACUAUUAAAAAGUAGAUGAUUUAAUGUCAUAUUUGGGAGGAUUUUUAUAAAUAAUGAUUGUAUUCUUUGGAUUCUUUAUAUAAGUUUAUAAUAAACAAUCAUGUAAUUAUAUAUUAUUAUAUAUAUUUUAGAAUUAGUUGAUUUAUCAAAUGAAUUAUUUGAUUUUGAUAUUGAUGAUGAUUAAUAAACGAAAUUAAAUAGAAAUGAAUUAGUAUAAAAUGCUGAUGAUUUCGAUUUUCAAGCCUAAGCCUAAGACUCAAAUCAAUAAUAAUCAAUGAUGAGUUUGGGACCAAUAUAAUAAAGUGUUAGAUUUGAUAAAGAUUAAGCAAAUCUAAAUAAAUCACAAAAAUCAAUAAAGAAUCCUUCAAAAGGAGUUUCGAUUAGAUAAUUAAAUUCAGUUCAUGAAAUUACUCCAUUAUCUUAAUUAUCAAUAAAUAAUAUCAAAUUAUUAGAAAAACAUUAGACUUCUUUAGAGAAAAUUGGAAGUAAAAAUGGAAGAUAAUACUUUCUUGAAUAGAUUUAAAAAUUAUUUGCUAGAACUAAAAAGUUAGAAUUUACUUUUAAAUUUUUUUUUUAAAAAGUAUUUUGUGAAAGAAUGAUGAAAAAUCCUUAAGUUCUAUUAUUAAAUAAAGCUGUGUAAAUAAUUUAUAUUAAUUUAUUUAGAAAUUAAAUUAAUGCUGAAUUGGAUGUAUUUGGUAUUUUAGAUAAAUUACAUGAAAUAGACAAAUUAAAAGGAUUAUUAUUAAAAAAACCUUAAUAAAUCAUAUUUAAUUUUACACCUAAACCUUUAAUAUCUUUAUAAGAAUCAAAAUCAUUGCCAUCAAGAUAAAGAGCAUAAACUUUAAAAUCAUCAAAACAUUCAAGGUAUAUAUUUAAUUUGAUUUUUAGAUCUUUUAAUAAAGUAGAAUCAUCAAUGAAAAUUUAAUUAGAUUAGGUGAGCAAACAUGUAAUUGAAAACAAGGAUAAUUUUCUAGAUCAUGAUUCACCAUAAUAUUUAUAUUCGAAGUUAUUUAAAGUAUAUUAUAUUAAAAUAUAAGGCAUAUGAAAGAUUGAUGGCUUUAAUAGAAAAUUAACAUGAAGAUGCUUAUUUAAAUAAUUAAUUAAUUAGAAAAUUGGGUCCUUAAAUUUAAAAUAUUUUUGAAGUAUCAUGGCUUUUAAUAUAACAAACAAAAACUUCUAAAGAAAUUGAUGUAAAUGAUAGAGCUAAAAAGUUAAUAUCAUCCAAAUUUAGCAAAUUCAAAAAUCAAAAUUAAUAAGAUAAAGAAUCUGAUGGAGAAGUGGAUCCUUAAGAUAUUGAAAUGCAAUUUAGUCCAAAAACAUCUUAAAAUUAGAGCAUCUUGAAAAGAGUUAUUGGAAAAAGAAAUUCGAAUGAAUUUUGA